AGAGAGCCGAUUACAUCACACAACACAGCGUUCUGUCUCACUGUUUCACAUACAUAUCGGAAUCCCAUAUCCUCGGAAAUGCACGUCCCUCUGCACUCUCCAAAAGCAGGCUGUACAACAGCGGCGUUCAGCCAGCCAAGAGCCUGGGCUUUGCUCGUCAGCUCGUCGCCAAGCCCCCAAGACUCGCCUUUGACGAUGCAGAACGAGAAUUUCGCUGGGCGCCAAGAGUCUUGGGAUCCUCAUGAUUACCAACAGAAGGACCUGGCCAAGGCUGGGCGAAAGAAUCAUCAUGCACCCUCUGGUCGGGAAGAAAUCUGCUUUUAAGCAUUGCUCUCCCUCUUACCUCUGCUGAACCUGGGAGAAGGGACCAUUCGUUCUUUCUCGACUGGUCACUAUCUGGCGGCAACCUUAUCACCGCCGACCACUCCCUGCCUUUGGUACAGCAGCGUCCACAACAGCACCCAGAACGACGACGAUGUUAUGAGAUCGCCCCUCCGCUGCUUACAGGCUCGUAUGACGGAGAUCGCGGCUAAAUAGCGUCAUCCAUAUAUCAGAUCCAGGAGGACUCGCCUAGGAAGUCGACAGUCGCCGUUUUCAGUCAGAGCAUCAUGGACUCGCCACAUCAACAUCCGAGGAGAGUUGAGGACCAAGAUGCAGCAAUCAUAUACGAAAGCGACUCCGAGGCUGGCGUGUACCAACAGGGACGACGGCAACACCGAACAGACACUAUAGAGCGGCAAGGAAACAGCAGACCAGAUCUUUUGUUCUCCAGAAAGCUGAAGCCAUGGUACACGGCCCGCACAAUCUUGGGCAUCUUUUGUGCCGUGCUCUCGCUUGCACUAUUGGGAUUGGGAAUCAAACUGGCCGUCAAGUAUGAGUCGGCACCGCUCAUUCACGUCACUGUGGCCUUUACAGUCUUUACGGCCGGGGCAUCCCUCCUAUGGAGCUUGUUUGAAUUCAUCGCCAUGUGCACCCGCGCCCAGAGAAGGGGCAUCUACCCCGGCGCCCACGUGGGCGUGCACAUGGGUCUCUGCCUCGUGUCUGUUGCGGUGGUGGGCUACGUCGGUAUCUGGGUGUCGCAUGGGCAGGACAGUCGGGUCGAGGCAAGCAGGAACAGGCUGGAAUACUCGCCCUUGUACCACAUGGGAGUGGUGAUAUUGAUUGUUUCAUCUGUGUUGCUACUUGUUCAUUUUGUUAUUUCCAUCCUGGCCUGCCAGGAACUGAGGCGGAAAGAUGACGGGGCUGUGCACAGAACUGUUGUCACGGUUCGAUAUGACGGAGUCGGCCCUACAGGAACGGCGCGACCAAUGGGUUACCGGACGACGCCGGAAACGAUUGGUCUGCCAGCCUACACGACUAGGGACCAUCGGGAUGAGGCAGCAAUGAUUCGAUCUCCACCUAUUGUGAUAGCCAGGGGUGAUUUGGGUGUGGAAAUCAUUGAAACUCCCACUACGACUCAGACAGUCUUGGGGGAGACAGAGAUGGACGGACCAGAGGAGAAAGCACUCAGGUCGUCAAAGCGGUAAUGGUAGAGGGUUUCCUACCACACGUCAGUUAUGAACGCAAUGCGAUAUACCUAAUGGCUAAUCAAUACAUGUGUAUCCUACAUGAUAUGGGUGACUACAUCAAGA